UUGAUUAUUUGGCACGCGCAUACACUGUUCCCUGUUGCCUGUUGGUCUGAUCUCCUUUUGAGGCCCUCCAAAUAAAACCAAAGCCUGUUCUCUUCUCUUCUGUUAUCAUCUUUCCCUUUCUCUCUCACACCUUCUUUUCUUUCUACUUGUAUAUCAGGGGAAAAGCACCACAAAGGAAAAAUCAUAAAGGAAAAAUCAAGACAAUAAAGCACCAAUAACAAUUAACAAUGGCAUCCUCUCUUUUCAUCUUUUGAUCAUCCCCAUUUUUGAUUUUACUUACUCCAUUGAUCCACCAUUCCCUUUUUCUCAAAACCCUAGGCACCUCAUUGAGUUGGGUCCCCAAACCUUCAAAAAAGCACCAUCACAUCCACAUACAUCCUUUUUUCUUCUUCGUUCAUUUUGAUUCCCAUUUCCCGUUUCCCAAUUUCCCAAUUUCCCAUUUCUUUUGUGUUUUAUAUUGGUUUUCUUCACUGUUGUAAAUCUUUCAUCUCUCUUUACCAAAUCUGUAAGCUGUCAGCUUCUGCUACAGAACUCAUGACUAUAUCUAAUACCUUGUAACCGGACACCCACACACACACUCAUGUACAUGGAUGUACCUCUACAGAUCGAAUGUCAAAUAGGGUAAAGGCCUUGUAACUACAACUGAACCUAUCAGUCUGUAAUCAGGUGGAUGCACCUCUUUGUUCCUAAGAAUUCAGGAGGUUCAACUUCAAAGGAAUUUAUUCAUUGAUUCGCUCAUAAUGGCAUCAGAGCAGACCAGAUUUCUGCAGCACCAACAACAACAACCUGCGUCUUCCCGGCGAAAGAGAUGGGGAGGAUGUUUAACUGGUUUAUCUUGUUUCGGGUUGCAAAAAGGUGGAAAGCGUGUUGUACCUGCAUCUCGUAUGCCAGAAACCCAUGCAACAGCAAACCAGCAAAACGGACCUCAAGCUGCCGGAUUAACCAAUCAGAACAACGCAGUACACCCAUCACUCUUAGCUCCACCAUCUUCUCCGGCAUCCUUUUCAAAUUCUGCACUUCAAUCUACAGUCCAAUCACCGAACUGUUUCCUCUCUGCAAACUCUCCCGGAGGUCCUUCAUCCACCAUGUUUGCCACCGGACCAUAUGCCCAUGAGACACAGCUUGUAUCUCCUCCUGUCUUCUCCACCUUCACCACUGAACCAUCCACAGCUCCACUCACACCACCACCGGAGCUAGCUCAUCUGACCACCCCUUCCUCCCCUGAUGUCCCUUACGCUCAAUUCCUUUCAUCUACUUUGAAUCUCAAACGUGGAGAUAAAACAAAUUACAUGACUGCAAAUGACCUCCAAGCAACAUAUUCUCUGUACCCCGGAAGUCCGGCGAGUACUCUCCGGUCACCCAUCUCAAGAACAUCCGGUGAAGGGCUAUCAUCGUCUUUUCCAGAUAGAGAUUUCAGCCCUCAAUGGAAUCCUUCAACACCUUCUCAAGAGAACAAACCCCAAGACGCGAAUUUCUUCUGCCCUGAAACAUUUGCACAAUUCUAUCUGGAUCAAUCUUCCUUCCCUCAUUCCGGUGGUCGGUUGAGUGUUUCCAAGGAAUCAGACGCUGGAAACAACAACAACGGAAACGGAAACGGUGUUUCCGGAGUUCAAAGCAGACCGAGUAAAGCAUGCAAACAGGAUAUUGAAGAAUUAGAAGCUUAUAGAGCUUCAUUUGGGUUUAGUGCUGAUGAAGUUGUGUCAACUGCUCAUUAUGUAGAGAUCUCUGAUGUUAUGGAUGAUUCUUUCUCCAUGAUGCCCUCCGAGGGCAAAACCGUCCCAACCCCAAAAUCUUGCAAAAUGGAAUCCCAGAAAGAUGUUGAGCAUAGUUUGACGGAUGAUGAAGAUAUAUUUUCAAGGAUGGGGGGAUCAAGAAUGAAUGGGAAGUAUCAUCAUCAAUAUCAUAUGGGAAGGGGGCAAUCGAAUUCUGAUGCAGAAGUUGAGUAUAGAAGAGGGAGAAGCUUGAGAGAGAGUAGAGGGAAUUCCAAAUGGUAGAGAGGAGGAGGAGGAGGGGGGAAUUGAAUUGCAUAGUUGUGAUUCCUGUAUGUAUUAAACUGCUAUCUUCUUCUUCUUCUUCUUCUUCUUCCUUGAUUCCUGUCCUUGAAAAGCAGUGAUGGAUGGAUAUGGAUGGAUGGAUGGAUGGAUUGGAUGCUUGGUGUUGUCUAUUAUGAUGUUGUUGUUUUUUUACUUUGUUUUUUAUGGUGUAACUAUGUAAUCUGGUGGUAAACAAAUGAAAUGGGAGUGUGACUAUUUUCUCAACAAUACUAUUAUUUGCUAA